AUGACACCAAAAAUUAAGGGUACUGUUAUUCCACUUGAACCAAACCUUCGGUUUUUGGGUCACUAUCCUUGGUCAGAUCGAAUUGUCAACGCAGACGUCAAUGAUAAGAUUGAGAAACUGCGACUCUCUCUCAAAUACCUACCUGUGCGAAGAUUGGAACCUCUCAACUUGAAAAAGGUUAUCCAUGCCAAAGCCAUCUCUCUCUUCACUCACCUCUCUAAAACAAAUUUCAUUUCCAAGAAACAUCUCGAGUCCAUUAACUCUAGCAUUCGGUCCGCAACUAAAAGACGAAUGCUCAUCGAUGUGAGAACUCCUUCAGGUUUCUUUCAUCUCCCAACAACACUUUCUGGUUUGGACAUUCCUUCAAUUGUGGAAUUUAUUGAGCAUAUUCACCUUCGAACCUUGAUGCUCAUGGCCAACCAUCCUAACAAUCUCAUCAGAAAAGCCUACGUCUUCGGAAUGUCGCAUCACAAGGAAAAUGAAAACAACAUUUUUCAUCACUGGAAGUCCAUCCUUAAAGAAUACAACAUCUCUGUCAAACUCAACAAUCAACAAUUUUCACUUCCUCAACUCUCAGGAACUAACUUUGAAAUUCACACUGAUGGAUCCCGACAGAAUGGGAAAUCUGGAAUGGGAAUCAACAUUUACGACCACAGUCACACUCCAAAACAAUUACACUCACACUCUCUCAGAAUUCAUGAUGGAUAUUCACACAACAUUGCUGAACUCGCAUCCAUCCUUACUUCUAUUCAUCUUCUACCGAACCGCUCCAAAGCAACAAUCCGUACAGACAGUCAAGUUGCAAUCCAAGCUCUCAAAAAGAACUAUCGAGGACGAUUCCUCCUCUUCUAUCGAGAAUUUCAGAAAAUUAUUAGAGCUAGAAGUCUUCAAAUUUCUCUAAAGAAAGUAAAGGGACAUAAGGACCCUGAGAAUAUUAAGGUCGACGCUCUAGCCAGACAAAGUCUCUCACAACCCACAAUUUUCGACAUCAGACAACUCUUUGGUAAACAACAACUUCUUACCAAGACAGAUAUCAUCAUUUUCAAUCAAAGAGAAAUGACACGGACCUUUCACCACAAGAAAAUGACAACAAAAUUAGAUGACAAUCCCAACCUCAUUGAUCAUGUUCAUCGAAAAUCCCUCAAUAUUAGAUUCUUGAAAGCGAAAAUCUCACCAAAUUACAAGUAUGCAGUCUGGAGAAAUAUUACCGUCUCUCAUAUUAGACACUUCACAGGCUCCUAUUGCCCUGACUGUGAAGUCGAGUCCAAUCUCCACCACUACAUACAUGAAUGUCCGAAGCUUGACCCUGCGAGAUACUUCUGUGAAAUGAAGAUCUCUUCUUUGAUUUCCCAACCAUGUACAAUCACAGAUUCGAAUUCGUGGUUUAAUCCACAUCGUCCCAUUUUCUACGUCCAUCACUCCGGUUUCCUACCUCCAGAUAGUGAUGCGAUAAUACACGUCCUAGCAAUUGAAAGGAAUUGGCCUGAAAUCCAAGUACUGUUAGCCCUCUUCGUUGGCAGAUGCCACAAAUACUACUACUCUGACAAGAUUGAAGACUAA